CUGCAGAUUAUGCGGUCGCUUUGAGAUUGAACCCCCAAAUUGCAUAAAACUAUGGCGCUAGAUGGCGUGAUCACUUCACCGCACCGGAGGACUCAACAAACGGCAUUUUCUUCAACUUCAUCCCGAAAGAAUUACACAACGGGAAAUGAAUUGGGCAACUUCUCGACCGUAAUCAGGCGGCACCGCUUCUUAUUAACCGCCCUCGUCCUCCUUGCUUUUUUGUGCACCGUUUAUCUGUAUUUUGCCAUUACUUUAGGGGGCAAUGAUGUGUGUUCAGGCUUAACAGGGAGUCAGAAGGCAUUUUGUCAUGUUCAACAUGCCAAAGAAUCAGUUGCCAAAGGAAAACUCAAGUUUUUUUAGGGUUUGAAGAAAUCUAGAGGUAAAGGUUUAUGGGUUAUUUACUAUGUUUUCUUUUUAGGAUUUUAGAAAUUGUGAAGACUUUUUGGGGUUCUUUUUGUUGAUUUGCAGCAGAAAAGUGUGGGAAUAUUGUGAAGAAACUAUAUUGUAUCUAGAGAUGCACAAUAUCCGGGCUUUUUGGGCUUGGGUCUGGGUCGGGCUUGUUUUCAGCAAAUAAAGAAGGCUUGGGCUUUUUUAGGUUGGGCUCUUUCAGACCAGGACAGACCCGACUUGGCCCAAAAAUUUCGGCUUGAUCAAGCUUUGAGGCUUGACCUGGACCGGGUUGGACCUGGUUUGAGCCAGGCUUGUGCUUUUUUAUGCAUCUCUAUUUGUAUCGACAGUUAUUAUAUAAAGUAUGAUCUAUGGUUAUUU